GCAAGCUGCUGACUUCUGAACUUACAAUGUCAAUCGCGCGGCCCUUGAUCCCAAGCAAGCCGUUCCAACGCCCCUUCCCGCUCGAGAUAUUUCUGGUCAUCAGGAAUACCAUCCCACUCGGCGACAUACGCACCCAUGUGUGCUUCUACAAGACGCACCCUCGCAUCGCCGCGAUGUACGACUCGGAGAAGAACGACGACGAUUUCUGGCGGCGCGUGUGCUGGCACAGCGGCAUCGGCGCGCUAGACAAGGAUGACCUCGCGCAUCCGCAUUGCUGGCGCGGCAUUGCUCUGGAGCUCGUCGAGAAGGAGGGGUUUUGCAAGCACCCGCGGUGCGGGGAAGGGCUGCUCAAUUAUAACAGUCGGCGCAUGGAACGUGUAGCGGACUGGUUCAAGCCCCUCACUGUGUUCUCCGACUGGAAAGAAGACUUGUACACCGCCUCCGACUCAGAGACUGAAGACGCCGCCACAGGCGCAAAUAUGGACGUCGACAACAAGAGCGACAACGAGAAGGACGACCGCCCCCCGCACCUUAUCCCGCACCGCGUGCUCGCUAGCAUCGAAUUCCGCGACCGGCCCUGGGGCGGAUACUACGGCGUGCGGGAGGACGCUCAGCUCCGCCCGCUGACCGAAGCAGAAGAAGCGUACAGCGGAAGUGCCCUCCUGUACGACCACCUGCUCGUACAGCGGAGCUUCGCCACCGACAUUCCCGUAGACGGGAUCUGUGUUGGGGAGAUGGGUGGACACGAGUUCAGACGGGAGCAUGUUAAGAGGCACACUGGAGUGACUGUGCUCGAUGUUGUGACCGCGAUUCACGCUGAUCUGGAUCUUCCCCUGACCAAUUAUGAGCAAAGCCAGCUCGUGGAUCACCUCAACUGCACAUUCAGCUCGAAUGGACUGUCUGAAGACGAUGUGUACGCUCGAUUCCACACUUUGCGCGACACGCUCAACGAAUGCCAUAUCAGCGAGUUCUAUUACGACGGGACCAUCAUCAACGGCGCUCCAAUGUUCAUCCCCAACCUCCAGGAGGACUAAACGGUCUCUCGCUACGACUUACACUAUCAACAGACUAUCACCUAGAAUUUCCUUGGUCCUAGGCAACUACGACAUACGCCUCAGUCCUUCUAGUCUAUUGAAGCCAGCUACAUAAGUACUCCUAUCAUAUACCGAUCAAC